AUGCAUCCAGGGGCUGCUGGUUUGAACUUUAUCGGCCUUAUUAUCGGUAUUGUCUUGGCACUUACAUUUAUUCUCUCACAGCAAAAGCAGUAUACUGCACUGCUGGCAAGGAAUGGGAAUGUUCCUAUUCCUGAAUGGCGUCUGCGUCCAACCAUGGUAGGAGCCCCGAUGUUCGCCGUUGGACUGUUCUGGUUUGGUUGGACUGGUUUCACUUCUGAAAUACACUGGGCUGCACCAGCGGCUGCUGGUGUGUUUAUUGGCUUCGGAAUUCUUUGCAUCUUCCUACCUUGCUUUAACUAUCUUGUGGACGCCUAUUUGCCAGUCGCCGCAUCUGCUGUAGCAGCAAACAUCAUCCUGCGUUCAGCUUUUGCAUCAAGCUUUCCCUUAUUUACUCGCCAAAUGUUCGAAAAUAUGGGAGUGCAGUGGGCAAGCACCCUACUCGGGUGUUUGGCAACGGUGUUAGUUCCCAUCCCAUUUCUCUUCAAAGCAUAUGGACAUCGAAUUCGCCGCAAAUCCCGUAACCUUUUCUGUUUCAAAAUCUCAUUUUUCCUCCGGCAAUUGGAAUGGCGUAAACGAAUUUUGGAGUUCUAG